AUGUUUGUUCAAGCCAUCACCCUGGCCAUCGGUCUACUUCCUUUUACUCUCGCAGCCCGAGAGUUCACUAAUCACGGCACAAAAAGCGGCUGGACCACCACCUACAUCGACAAGAAUACCAAUGGCUACGUCGAGGACUCUACCAGCGUCUCCUACGGCGGGUCGCAAUCCCUCAAAUUCGGACAAGAAUACCUCGGUAGCAGCUACACUGGCCGCUAUCACGCCGAAGCAAUCUACUCCAACGGCUACAAGCGCGACGAGGAGAAGUACUACGGCUUUGCAUUCCGGCUGCACUCGACCUGGGAGUUCGACCCCCAGAGCUACAACAUCGCCCAGUUCGGCGCUGAUUUCAGCGACAUCAAAUGGAACGGCCAGUCUUGCGAUGACUUCAGUCCCACCACGAUGGUCUGGCUCAACGGAACAAAGCUCUUCACGCGCACAAAACAUGGCCAAAUGAUCCAGGGCCAGAAGUGUCCUCCCCUAGACAACAAGGGGGACUGUAGCCAGGGCCCCAACUGCCAGGUCAUCGAGCCCUUCCAACUCCAGUCUGCAACAAGCAACAUCGGAGAGAUCAAAGCUGGCGUAUGGUACCGACUGGUGUUCCACGUGAAGUGGAAGAGCGACAACACGGGCAUCUUUCAGGCGUGGUUGAACGGGACACAAGUUGCUGAUAGAUCAGGCCUGCAGACUACGCUGUUGGAUGACCAUAGGGAGUAUGAGUUUCGCGUGGGGCUGUAUGCAAAUAGUUGGUACGAUGAGAAGAAGAUGAUCGGGAAUCAGGCGCAGAGACAGUUAUGGAUCGAUGAGAUUGGGGUGGGAACCACGUUUGCAGAUGCGGAUCCCGAUGAGAUCAAGAAGAGUGCUUAG